CCUGCAGAAGGCAGGAAGCAUGUGGUGCGGCGCCGGCUAAAACUCCAGAGGCAGGACGCUGAGGACGAGGGUUGCUGAGUAGAUGUGAUGGUUUUCCUCAGACGGACGCUGCUGCUUCGCUACCUGCUGCUGUCGACCACACUGGCUCUUCUCCUCUUCAUCAGCUCCUUUUGGCUCCCUCAGGGUGAACAAAGAGACUGCGGCUCAGUGUGGCAGCCAUGUUGGACUCACUACAGCCACACGCCACCACACCCACUCAUCGUGGGUGGAUGGGCGGAGUCAGAAGAAGACGCGCCCUUCAUAAAAGAAUGCCCUGGACAGUCGUUUCAGGCCGGGAAGCUGCUACAUUACCUCAGGUCCAGCCUGGCUAAAGAUGGCGAGGACAUCCUGCUGGAGCCGUACCUCCUCAGCUGGGACCAGCUACUCAAUUUCAUGGAGUCUCUAGGAACGAUGGUCAGUUUUUUUUCUCAGAAAGUUAGAGAGAAGACAGAACUGAUCCGAGAGCUGUCCCUGAAGCACAGUUCAGAGUUUAAUGGGAAAUCAGCCGGUUCCUCUGGACUACAAAAUCCAGCAGCAUUUGGGUUAAACACUGGGGCGUAUCGAUCGGUCCGCUCCAUGGUGGAGGUGGAGCUGAAAGAGGGCCGGGUCAACUUCUCGUACCGUACAGACUCCGGCUGCAGAACUCUCCUGCGGCUGCAUCGGUCCCUGCUCUGGCUGAAGAUGAUGCUAGAGGGUUUGUCCGAAGGACCAGACUCUGGGGGACGAUACAAAACUCCGGGAGAGCUCAGCAGAGACGCCUAUCGGGUAGCGUUGGCCCCCCAUCAUCCCUGGGUGCUCCGUCAGGCUGCAGAGAUCGUCUUCCCCCUUCUUCCUGACAGGGAGUACUUCCUGCAGCUGGUGUGUGUGCAGAAGCAGGAGGAGGCCACGCCCGUGCUGCGCAUAAUCAUCCACGCCCUGUCGGUGGUGCACACACGGACUCAGCGAAUCCUAGAGGAGUACAACAUGUUGGAGCUGCCCUGAACAAACAGGAGAGUCCUUUGACAGUGGAGACCAAGCGAGGAAAAAGCAGAGGAAACUAACAGCAUGUUGGAUCCAAGAACUGGUUUUUAUACUACAGAGUAUGGCUGAGUUUUGUAGCUCCAAAAAGGGGCGGACAUUGUGAUAAAAAGUGUUUGUUUGGUGCUUCUUUAGCAAAUUUUGUUACCAGAAUAAAAGAUACCGGCUCAAAAAGUCAGUGUGGCUAAUGUCAUAAAGACAAGAAAAAUAUCGUCACCAACCAUUAAACAGCAUUAUUCUCAUUCUGAUAAAGUUUUGUAUUUUUAUUGGUACACAUCAGCUGCUUCCGGAGUCCCACAGGCCAAUAAAGCCUGAUAGGACUCCUCCAACUCGACAGCUUCUCUCUCCACUGGUGUCCACCAGCGUGUUUGAGUGUUGCCGCCUCGACAUGCACCAACAACCUUGC